AUGAUUAGCCCACGGAGUAUUUUGCUAGCGCUUUUGGCUCUUACCCCAACUAUUCUCGCCCACGGAACUCACGACGACAACACAGAUCGCUCCAAGCUUGACUGGCCAACCCUCCAUAUGCUGGAGGAACAUCACAUCACUUCAUUCGACGCAAGAUCUUUCUUUUCACUACACGAUUAUGAUAACUCCGGGGUAUGGACUACAGACGAAGUGCGACGAACGUACGGGCUAGAUGAUGAAUCCAAUGCGGCCUUAACUGAGGAACGAAAACAACAAAUUCUUCGAGAAAUUUUCAAUAUCUUCGACCCUCUAAAGACAGGGGUAAUUUCAGCCAACGACUAUGUGCGGCUUACAAAGGAAGGCAAGACGUUGCCGGAUUUUGGAACUGGACCCGGACACCAUGGCGACAUGGAGUAUGAAUAUGAAAUUCAUCAUUUUGAGAAAUACCACGGGGAUGAUGCGAAAGAGGAAGAUUUGACUCAUCCAGAAGAUAUUGAGCACUUUAAGAAGCAUGACAAAGAGUAUGCCGAAAGUCUGAGAUUGGAAAAGCUUGAAAGUAUGGAUAUUGUGCUGGCCAAUGUUCCAGCCAAAUUCUUGAAGAGUCCGAGCGCAUAA